GCCUGCCCUCCCCCUGUCUCCACACGUGGGCUAUUCUGUUGUGUACAGGGGAGAUAUCUUCUUACAUAUUCGGCGUAUGGAGGAACGUCCUCCCUUAGUCCGCAUCGGCCGGUCGCCAUACUGUAUGGCCGCAGGCGUCCCUCAGUUUUCUUAGAGAGAUGUCAGAAGGAAAAUCUAACCCUCUACCGCCUGACCCGUUCUGCUCUGACGCUCGGCGCGCUCUUUUUCUUCCCGUUUCUCGUCUUCGUCGCCUCGGUUAGCUUUUCCUUUUGACCUCUGGAAUUCCCAUCCCCACCCAAGACAGACUGUGACCUACAGAACCCCGUAAGGGAACAGUGCAACAGACCCAAGAUGGCGGAGGAAGCGCCAGGAUUCCGCCAACCGAUCAAGAGCAUUGCGGUCAUCAAGGGGAAGCCAGCCAAGUUUGAAGCCAUAGUGACAGGUACCCCUGAACCAGAAGUGUCAUGGUACGUAAACGGAAAGGAGGUGGCUUCCACAGACAAUACUAAAAUCUCGCGAGAAGAAGGCGGGCGCGUGAGUCUCGUGCUGACGUCAGUGACCGAUGAUGGCGGGAACAUCGCAUGCACCGCAAGGAACUCUGGGGGCACGGCCUCCAGCACUGCCAAGCUCGUUGUUAGAGAACCCCCUGACUUCGUCCAGAGACUGAAGAGCCAGCGGGUGAAGGAAGGGUCCCGUGUGGAAAUGGUGGUGAGGUUCAAGGGCACGCCCAUGCCCAAGAUCCGGUGGUACCGAGAGAGGGCGGAGCUUCAGAGCACAGAGGACUUCAGGAUCGUGACGGAAGGCGACACGAGCCGGCUCGUCAUCGAGGAGGUUUAUGAGGACGACUCCGGGAAGUUCAGCGCGACGGCAACCAACGUGGUGGGGAGGGUCAUCUCUGCUGCCCACCUCAUGGUCACAGAUACGACCCCACCUGCGACUCCAACAGGACGUCUGAGUACUCCCGGCAAGCUGACACCCGGAGCCUCCCCGGGACUCGCGCCUUCCCCCGCCGGAGCCGCGGCCGCUCCCGUGACUCCCAUGACAGGAGCACCCGUGCCCAAGGACGCGGCGGUCGUCAAGCCUCUCGCUGUCAAACCUGCAGAAGAACCAGCUCCUGUCGCAGUGAAAGCAGGAGAAAAAAGACCUGCAGAAGUUAAGGCCGGAGAAAUACCAGCUGCCAAGAAGGUGGCAUCAAAGGAGGAUGAACAGAAGCCUGUUCCAAUGGAAGUGGACCAAGCGGCCGGGAAAGCCGCGGGGGAAGCCGGGAUACCUAGGGUUGCUGGAGACGGCCAAGAGGAAGUCAGGCCAGCCGCGGAGGGUACAGAUAAAGAAGCUAAAGCAUUCCCAAGUCCUCUGGGAGUAAAAGCGAGUGACGUAGCUGACACGUCAGUGACCCUAAAGUGGACCCCCGUGACGGGCGCCACGGACUACAGAGUUGCGGUGACCCCGCCCGACGGUCAGGUCGUUGACCCGGUGGGAGGACCGUCCGUCUGGGAGCGGACCGUGGCUGGGCUCCGUCCCGGGCAGGAGUACGUCUUCACCGUCACCGCCAUCGGGCAGGAAGGGCAGAGCAAUCCUUCUAAGCCAGUGAAAAUAAGCACAGCGGGUGCAACUGGAAAGGCCAAGGUGAUCUCUCCUCAGACGGGGAAGAAGAAACAAGCUAGCGUGGAGGGUGGGAAACUGUCGCGGGAGGGAAGUGCCGAAGACACCGUCACAUCUCCGAGUCAGCUCCGCCGGCAAGGUGAUCUGGUCAGGUCUCCCAGUCAGUUACGGAGACAAGGGACCGACGACUCGGCCUCCGUGAGUUCAUUCCACACGGCAACGGGUGAGGAGGUCAUGUCCAUCAGCUCGUACGCCACAGCAGAAGCCGGCACCCAGGAAGGGGCAUCAGAGGUCUCUACAAUAGAGGAAAUGUCGGAAGGAGAAGAGGACGAGUUGUCGGGAGCACCGGAGUUCAACAGGGGCCUGGGGAGCUGCCAGGUGGCCAGAGGCGAGUCCGUCAGAUUCGAGUGCGAAAUCUCCGGAUCCCCGCCUCCUACCAUCAUAUGGCUCAAGGACGGCAAAGAGAUUGACGAAGAUAACCAACACUUUGCUAAGUAUGGUGACGACGGUAGUUUUGCGCUGGUCAUCACUAACGUCACCGAUGCCGACUCGGGUGCGUACAGUUGCCAAGCGACCAACAAGAAGGGACAGGCAACUAGUACCGCGGAACUCACCGUCAAACCACAUUCAAUUGGUGGAGAAGAAACGAGAGGUGAGAAAAUCGCGCCGAUAUUCGCGGCGAAACUGACUGGUGCCAAGGUGGCAGAGGGAGCAGAUGCCCGAUUCGACUGCGUGGUCGCAGGGACACCUGGGAUUGAGGUCAGGUGGUUCAAAGAUGGCGUCCCUGUGGGCAAUGGCGGCAAUCGGCUGCUCACGUUCAGAGGGGACGGCAGUUGCUCACUGGACGUCAAGGACGUCACCUGUGAUGACGCCGGCGUGUACGAGGUGCAGGCUGCUAACAUCGCGGGGACAACAAAGUGUUCGGCUCUGCUGGUUGUACAACAACUGGAACAAAAGAACUCCGUCCAUACACAUAAGCCGGCCUCCCAGCCCGUGUCCUUAGCCACAAUACAGGAGGAGGUCAAAGUCCAAGAUUUAAAGCCACCGACAGAAAUCAGUGCUUCAUACGUGAGUGAUACAGCCAUCACGGUGUCGUGGAAACCUGUUGCCGGGGCCACCGAUUAUAACGUCAUAGUCAGUCCGGCCGACGGCGUGGUAAGAGGCUCCGACGACGGGCCGACAUUUCCCGAGAGAAGAGUCGAAGGGCUUAAGAGCGGUACCGAGUACACGUUUACGGUCGUGGCCACCCGGAAAAACGGCCACGCUGUUGCCGGUGUGCCGUUGACCCAGACGACCAGAGAGGUUCCUACACCCGGUGCUUUACGUUCCGAAUCAGUGACAGACACCGGGUUGACGCUGGCCUGGCUGCCGACGCCCGGCGCUACAGACUACGAGGUUAGCAUCAGCCCACCCGGCGGAGACGUCCACCCGCCCAGCGGAGCGACCACCGAGCCCCAGCGGGUCAUCAGUGGGCUCGAACCCGGCAAAGAGUACGAAGUCACCGUCACGGCUAAGAUCGGCAACAAACGCAGCGCGCAGGGCGAGUCAUUUAAGGUUACGACAAAACCUCUUGGCACGCCUGCGGGAUUCAGUGCCAAUAAGAUCACAGACAACAGCAUGUUCGUCUCGUGGACGCCUGUCAGCGGUGCAACUGACUACGAAGUCAAACUGGACCCACCGGCCGGCGAGGUGAAGCCGACGGAGAAAGGCUCGACUGUCGCCGAGCGGCAGCUGACCGGGCUGUCCGGCGGGAUUGAGUACCGCAUCAGCGUGGGCGCCAAGAACCAGAAGGGCGACCUGGUGUGGGCGGAGCCUUUCUCAGUCGAAACAAAAGACCUGCCCACCCCAAGCGGAACAGGCGUGUCUGGUUUAACGGAUAAUGAGAUGACGGUGACCUGGGCGCCUGUCCCCGGAGCCACAGACUACGUCCUCAAGGUCCAGCCGCAGGUCGGCGAGGUCCAGGUGCCACCGGAGGGGCCGGGAGAGGCCAGGCGGCACCUGACCGGACUGUUACCGGGAGUAGACUACACCAUCGUGGUGGAGGCAAAGGGUGACAAGCGGAAGAGAAGCGCGCCAUGCGCACCAAUGAAAGUGAAGACUAAGGCCCUGUGCAGCCCUUCGGACAUCAAGACCAGUAGCGUGACGGCCAGUUCAGCGACGUUAGAGUGGGAGAUGGUGCCAGGCGCCACCGACUACAAAGUCCACAUGGAGCCGUCGGACGGACAGGUGACCAAGCCUAAGAAAGGUGGACACCUUCCUCAGCGCGAGGUCAAGAACCUGACCCCUGGGAAGGAAUACGUCUUCACCAUCACCGCCGUCAGCCCUGCUGGGAACAGUGCGCCGUCUGAGGAAGUCAAGAUUGGGACUCCAGAAAUUGCGGGUCCGUCUGACCUAAAAGUACCAACCGUCACGGACACGGAAGCCACCCUGUCCUGGGCUCCUGUCCCCGGAGCCAAGGAUUACAAACUCCGGACACAGCCAAAGCACGGAGACGUGGCCACGCCCACGGGUGACGCAACUUCCGCUCAGAGAACAAUAUCCGGUUUACACCCGGGAAAUUACAGCGUGUACGUUAGCGCCGUGACAGACCAGGGCGUCGGAGCGGAGUCCCAGCCUGCCCACAUCAAGACCAAGGCUUUGCCUUGUCCUUGCUCCCUCAAUGCUUCGGAGGCGACCGACUCGGAGUUUAAAGUGGCAUGGCUUCCCGUAGAGGGAGCGGAGUACUACGUAGUAACGAUAGAUCCGCCCGGCGGUCAAGUGUCGGAAGUGACGGGCAACCCGUCCACGCCGGCCCGCGUUAUCAGCGGACUGGAGGCCGGGAGGGAAUAUCGGGUAUCCGUCACGGCUACUGGCAAGAAAGGAGAUAGUGCUCCCUGUGAACCAUUCAGCGUGAAAACGAAAGUUCUUUGCGCCCCAGCCGGUAUUUCCGCUACCGCUAUCACGGCCUCAAGCUUUGAGGUGACCUGGACGCCAGUCCGGGGUGCGUCCGAGUAUGAAGUGAGAAUGAACCCGGAUUCCGGAAAAGUCGAGGUCCCGGAGGAUGGCCCUUCAGCACCAAGGAGAAGUAUCACUGGGCUGAGUGCCGGAAUUGAGUACCAAAUCACAAUCGUGGCAAAGAAGGAAAGUGGAGCCGCACAGCCAAGUGAACCGUUCAUGGUGAAAACGCGAACCUUACAAUCUCCAAAAGGCCUGAAUGCCCCAUGGGUAACCGACUCAGAUCUUACCCUGACUUGGGCGAAAGUUCGCGGGGCGACUGACUACGCCGUCCGGCUGCAGCCGCCAGCAGGGGAGGUUACCGAGACGGAGAACGGUCCGACGGCGCCCGAGCGGCGUGUCACGGGCCUUCUCCCGGGAACGGAGUACAAAAUCUCGGUGGAGGCCGUCGGCUCGGAAGGACGCAGUUCCCCGAGUUACAUCAAAAUUGCAACAAAACCACUAAGAGCGCCGUUCGACCUGGCGGCGACGUCGAUCACCGAUCGGACAAUGCUGGUAUCGUGGCCGGCAGUCCCGGGUGCCACCGACUACAGGGUCACGAUGGACCCGCCCGACGGGGAGGUGACGGUGGCCCGAAACGCUAUCGCGGAGUCCAAGCGGGAAAUCAAGGGACUGCAGCCUGGCAAAGAGUACCAAAUCACCGUGCUGGCGCUCAGUCCUGUGGGCUCCAGUGCACCUUCCGAGUCGUUCGUUGUCAAGACGAGAGCUCUAGCGGCUCCGUCCAGCAUUUCUCCGGCUACUGUCACGGAUAAUAGCGCUGGCCUGAAGUGGACCGCAGUCCCUGGCGCCACAGACUACACGCUUACUGUGGAACCUGCCGGCGGAGAGGUGUGGGAGACCCAGGCUGGGCCUGGAGACCCCGAGCGGGUCAUCACGGGACUGCAGUCCGGGACAGAGUACGAGAUUACCGUGUCGGCCACGGGACCCGACGGAACUAGUGCACCGAGUGAAAGGAUAAAGAUAAAGACAGAAGCUUUGGCUGCCCCGUCGGAAAUAAAGCAAGCCACGGUGGCUAACGAGGAGAUCGUCCUGAAGUGGAACCCGGUUCCCGGGGCCACGGACUAUGAGCUGACCGUGGAGCCCCCGGCCGGAGACAUCGUGGCCAUGAAGGGAGGCCGUGCCCGGCCCAUGCGCCGCCUGACCGGACUGACCCCCGGCACCGAGUACAAGAUCGUCGUGGUGGCAAAGGACGCAAAAGGGAACGCAAGGAAGUCCGAUACCAUCUCGGCAACUACUCUAAACAUUCCAAAGGCCGAGGGCCUACGAGCCUACGACAUUACCGACACAACAGUUUACCUACGAUGGGCCGCGAUCUCCGGGUCCAAGGACUACACCAUCAACCUCAGACCGUCCGCCAUCGCCUCGGUCAGCGCGCCCGAGAACGACAUGAGGACGCCCGAGCGGCUGGUGCAGGGACUGCAGCCUUCUACCGAGUAUAACAUCUCCGUGUCGGCCAUCACCGCUGAUGGCCGCGGCCCCCCAUGCAACCCAGUCACUAUCGUGACCAAAGCACUCCCCAUGCCUGAGGACUUCAAGCUCGUGACUGUGACUGACGAAGCUGCAUUGAUCAGCUGGGCUCCCAUUGAAGGUGCCAAAGACUUCCAUGUGGCAGUGGAGCCGGCGGGUCCGGAGGUUGCCCCUACAGAAGCAGGUAAAGCCGCCUCUGAGCGGGUCCUGCGCGGCCUGCAGCCUGCCAGGGACUACUGGGUCACCGUUACAGCCAAGAACGAAAAGGGAGAAAGCAACGAAUCGCAGACGUUCUCUUUCAAAACUAUGGCCUUGGCCACUCCGUCUGGCUUCAAAGCCAGUCGCGUGACGGACACUACAUGCGUGCUGUCCUGGACACCCGUCUCUGGUUCUGAAGACUACACGGUGAAGGUCCAGCCCCAGGGCGGGGAAGUAGCAGUGCCCCCAGCCGGCCCGUCGGCAUCGGAGAGGCACCUGAAGGGACUGAAAGGGAAAACAACAUACACGGUUACCAUCGUCGCAACAAGCAGCAAAGGAACGAGCGCAGAGAGUCAGACAUUUACGUUCACAACAACAGAGCUUCCGUCGCCCUCUGGUGUUGAAGUGUCCUCAGUGACAGCCUCGGGCCUAGUGUUGGCGUGGAGUCCUGUCUCCGGUGCCACCGACUACAUCGUCACGUCGGAGCCGGACGCCAGGGUGUCUCCCGGGGAAGGCGGAGGCAAGAGCGAUGCCAAGCGGGUGGUGUCUGGUCUCGAACCUGGAACUGAGUAUACAUUCACAGUAGUGGCCGUCAGCACGGAGGGCUCCAGUGCCGCAUGUGAACCUGUUAAAGUUAAAACCAGAGUUCUGGACACGCCUGCUAAGAUUGAGGCCGCUACGGCAACAACCAACACGGCUGUGAUCACAUGGACGGCCGUGAAGGGGGCGACCGACUACAAGCUGGUGGUGGAACCUCCUGGAGCUGAAGUCCUGGUAGACAAGGAGGGACCUGCCGCUCCCAAGAGAAUACUGAAGGGACUGCACCCUGACACACAUUACCAUGUCUAUGUAACAGCCAUCAGUGCAGCUGGGGAGAGCACACAGUCAGAAGCUUUGGAGAUUCAAACUGCCGCGCUGCCAAGCCCUGCACGUCUGAGCGCACCGACAGUCACAGACAGGAGCGUGCUCGUCUCCUGGGCUCCGACAGAGGGCGCCGAGGAGUACAUCGUUAAGGUGCAGCCUGAGUGUGAAGUAGUGCCGACAGCAGGAGGACCGGGCGCCCCUGAGAGAGAACUCAGGAACCUGAAGCCAGCCACGGAGUACACUAUCCGGGUAGCUGCCAGGGGACCGCUGGGAACAAGCGCUGACAGCGAACCUUUACCGAUCCGGACAAAUGCGCUGCCUACUCCAUCUAAGGUCGAGGUGCCUUUCGUCUCCGAUAAGGAGGUCAGAGUGUCUUGGCCGGCGGUGCCUGGUGCUACCGACUACCACGUGAAGACCCAGCCGGAGGCCAGUGUACAGCCCGGGGAGGGCGGUCCUGGUGCGCCAGAGAGAGUCGUCACCGGACUGAAACCCAACACGGAGUACAGCAUCAGAGUCGUGGCGCUCACCAAGGAAGGUAGCAGCGCCAUGACUGAACCUGUGAAAGUCACCACCAAAGCUUUGGAAACGCCUUCCAAGAUCCAGCCUGCCUCAACAACUGCUGACAUGGCCGUGAUCACCUGGUCGGCAGUGAAGGGGGCUACCGACUACAAGGUAGUCGUAGAACCCUCCGGACCUGAGGUCCAAGUAGACAAGGAGGGGCCAGCCGCUCCUAAGAGAAUACUGAAGGGACUGCACCCUGAUACCGAGUAUACUGCCUAUGUGACGGCUGUUAGCGAUGCUGGAGACAGCACACAGUCAGAACCAUUCAAGCUGAGAACCCCCGGUCUGCCAGUGCCGGCACGUUUAGGUACACCGACAGUCACAGAUAGGAACGUGAUCGUCUCCUGGGCUCCGAUAGAGGGUGCCGAGGAGUACAUCGUUAAGGUGGAGCCUGAGUGUGAAGUAGUGCCGACAGCAGGAGGACCGGGCGCUCCUGAGAGAGAACUCAGGAACCUGAAGCCAGCCACGGAGUACAUCGUCAGGGUAGCCGCCAAGUUUCCUCAAGGAGUGAGCGCUGAGAGCGAACAUUUAGCCAUUCGUACAAAUGCGCUUCCUGCUCCUACUGGCGUCGAGGUGCCUUUCGUCUCCGAUAAGGAGGUCAGAGUGUCUUGGCCGGCGGUGCCUGGUGCUACCGACUACCACGUGAAGACUCAGCCGGAGGCCAGUGUCCAGCCCGGGGAGGGCGGUCCUGGUGCGCCGGAGAGAGUCGUUACCGGGCUGAAUCCUAAGACGGAAUACAGCAUCAAAGUCGUGGCGCUCACGCAGAAGGGUAGCAGCGCCUUGUCAGAGCCCGUUAAAGUCACCACUAAAGCACUUCCACGACCGAAUGAAAGCAAAGUCAAGUCGGUUACGGACAACAGUGCCAUCAUUACAUGGACCGGUAUCCAGGGGGCUGCGGACUACCAAAUCUCUGUAGAGCCCAAAUGUGAAGUCAGGCAGACUAAAAAAGCUACCGCCCCAGAGAGGGAGCUGAGGGGUCUGUUGUCAGGCACAGAGUACACCGUCACCAUCACCGCCGUCGGGAAGUCAGGAACAAGUGCCGUGUCCGAACCGCUUAUCGUCCGAACCAAAGCCUUGCUGCCUCCCGCGGAUGUACGAGCCUCGUCCGUGACGGACUCCAGCCUUCUCCUGGCCUGGAAGCCCGUGGAAGGGGCCACGAGCUACAUCAUCAGUACGGAGCCGGACAAGGCCCGGGUACAGCUAGUGGACGACUCCAAGGGGAAGGAAUCCCCCGAGCGACUGUUGACUCAGCUUUGGCCCAACACAGAAUACACCUUAACCAUCAUAGCCGUCAACAACGACGAGUCCAGCAUGGAGUGCGAGCCUUUCAAAGUCAAAACUCUAGCAUUGUCUAAACCGUCAAGAGUCACGGCUGGAAAAGUAGGAGACACGUCCGCUCUCCUGGUAUGGGCUCCGGCUGAGGCGGCGACAAACUACGUACUGACAGUCAACCCUCCCGCCGAAGUCGUACCAACUGACAAGGGUCCGUCCGGCCCUGAGAGGGUCCUAAAGGGGUUGAAAACGAACACGGAGUACACCGUUAGCGUCACCGCAAAGAACCCAGAUGGCACAAGCGCUCCAUCAGAUGAGUUUGUCUUCAAAACUAAAGCAUUGCCGUCACCCGAACAGCCCAGCCAAGCGGCGGUCACCGACACAACCGCCACUGUGACUUGGGCCGCUGUACCAGGGGCGACCGACUACGUCGUGAAGGUGGACCCUGAGGGACAAGUUAUGGAGACGGCAGACGGGGCCGGAGCGCCUGUAAGGCAGAUACAGGGACUGAAGCCCGGCACAGAGUACAAGGUUGUUGUUUCUGGAAAGGGGGAGAAGGGCGACGGCGCAGAAUGUGAACCAAUCGUCAUCAAGACCAACCCUUUGCCUUCCCCCGCUGCCGUCAAACCCACCUCGGUGGAGGAUAACAAGCUGACCCUGGGUUGGUCGGCCGUACCAGGAGCUACUGACUACAAGAUUGUCUCCAGCCCGGAGGACGUACAGGUGGUGACACGGAAGGGCGGCCGUGCUGACUCCGAGCGGGUCAUCACUGGUCUCCGCCCCGGUACAGAGUACUCCUUCUCCGUGGUCGCUGUGUGUCCUGACGGAAACAGUGCACAGACAGAACCAGUUAAAGUCACCACGAAAGCAUUGCCGACGCCAGGCGGUGUGAAGGCCGGGACCGUUGAAGACACCACCGCUACGGUCGUCUGGUCCAACGUUCCCGGUGCAUCUGACUACACGGUGCAGGUGGAGCCCACAGGUGAAGUUGUUCUGACCAAAGAAGGUCCCGCGGCCCCGGUAAGGGAGAUCAGGGGCCUUCAGGCUGGGCAAGAGUACAGAGUUGCCGUUGUCGGGAAAGGACCGAGUGGGGAGAGCGCUCCUUGUGAACCUAUCUCCAUUAAAACAAAUGUCCUUGCAACUCCAUCCGGCAUCAAGCCGUCGACCAUUGACGACAACAGUGUGACCCUGGCUUGGACCUCGGUACCAGGUGCAACGGAUUACGUCAUAUCCGGUGUGCCCGAUGGAGCUAAGGUGUCGGCGGGUAAGGACGGCCCUGCAGGUGCCGAGAGAGUCGUCACCGGUCUGCAGGCAGCGACUGACUACUCCAUCUCCGUAACAGCUGUUAGCUCUAAGGGCGAAAGUGGUGCUGGGCAGCCAGUACGAAUCACGACAAAAGCACUUCCAACUCCCGAUGAUGUGGCCGUCAGCUCGUCCGCUGACAGCGCUACGAUAACCUGGGCACCUGUUCCCGGCGCUAAGGACUAUGACAUAGUCACCGACCCUCCCGCAGAGGUCUCACCGACAGACAAAGGACCGUCGGCCGCUGAGAGAGUGGUCAAGGGUCUGAAGCCAGGCACGGACUACGAGGUGAAGAUUGCUGCCACUAACGACAAGGGCGUAAGCAACCCAUGUCGGCCUGUGAAGUUUUCUACGAAAGCUUGCCAAAGGCCAACGGGUGUGAAGUCACCUUCAUUAACUGACAACCAGGCGACCAUUACGUGGAGUCCCGUACCCGGUGCGACCGACUACCGCGUCCUUGUGGAGCCGGCGGAAGGUUCCGUGAAACUACCAGCAGGGGGACCAGGGGAGGCAGAGAGGACCAUCGUGGGUCUGACCGCUGGAGCAGAGUACACGGUGUCGGUGAUCGGCAUGACAGAGAAAGGCUCUGGAGAGGCCAGCGAACCGGUCAAAAUCACCACAAGAGCAUUACCUGCACCGUUGGGGGUGAAAGCCUCAGCGGUGAAAACGACGUCGGUUACAUUGUCGUGGUCUCCCGUGACUGGCGCCCAAGAUUACCGGGUCGAAGUGGUGCCAAAGGCCGGCAGAGUCAUGCAGCCUAUCGGCGGACCCGCAACUUGGGAACGCAAGAUUGUAGGCCUCGAACCUCUUCAAGACUACGAGUUCACCGUAGUCGCUGUACAAGAUAAAGAAGAAAGUCUUCCUUCAAAAACUCUGAAAGUCACCACCGUCCCGGCAGACAAAGUGGAACCAAAGGUUCAGAAAAAGGAGGAGGUCAAAGUCGCAAAAGAGGAGGCAAAGCCUGUUACAGCUGAAGAGAAAGUUGUACCUCCAACUGCGCCUGCGCAAUUGAAACCAACGGAGCCAGCUACUGUGCCAGCGGAGGCAGCUGCACCGACUGAAAAGGAAAAGAAGAAAGUCCCCCCAACACCUGAAGCGAUCACUCCUACAGCUGAGCCGACUGCCCCAGUCCCACCUGAAAAAGUACCAGUUGUCCCCACAGCAGAAAAGGAAGCUGAAAAGAAAGAAGGCACACCUGCAGUUCCAGUUCAAGUGCCUGCCGAAGUGGAAAAGAAACCCGAGGAAAAGGUACCACCACCAGCUCCCAAAGCAGAAGUUAAUGCCACAGUGGAACAGAAACGUGACGAAAAACUACCUCCGACAUUCCCAAAAGCAGAGGUUAAGCCCUCAGAGGAGAAGGAACGGGAUGAACAAGCAAAGCCUACAUUGCCUGUGUCUGUCCCAACAGACAGGCCAGUCGCUGUCGCCCCAACGGACGCAAAAGAGGCCGAGAGAACCGCUGAACAAGGAGAGCCAAAACAGGUGAUCCCAAGCAAGGUGGAGUCGCUGGAAGCAGAUAAAGAGACGGCCGUCCUCAAGACACCCACUGAGACUGAGACAACUCAGGUCGUUCAACAGAUUACAGAAGAAAAGGUGUUGCAUCCUUCAAAGCUGAAGGAAGAUGUACAGGAAAAACCGAAAGAGGUCGUUAUUCAGAAGAAGACUCGUGAAACAACGGAGACCAAGACAUUGCCUGUCGACGAGACACCAACAAAACCUCCAACAGGGAAAAGUGCCACUGCGGAGGUAGCUGUUCCCAAGACGCCCCUUGAGGCUACGAAGGCGGCCGUUCCUGUCGAAGAACCUGCAGUGGAAAAACCUUCCAAGGACCAGCCGAAAAUGGAGCAUACCCAAGAAAAAAAGACGGAAGCAGUCAUUGAGAAGAAACUCCCCGAGGCAGUUGGCGAAAUACCCCCGACAGAGAAGGGUGUUGAAGAAAAAGCAAAGGAGGCUGAUUCCAAGGUACCCACUGAGGCAGGAGAUGCGGUCGCCAUCAGAGAAGUCACGGUAUCAGAGCCGUCAAAACUCACAACAGAGAAAGAUGUCCCAGUCAAGAAGACUGUCCCCGUCAAGGAAGACGCCGUUCCCAUUACUUCUGCCGAGAAAGGUAGAGACGCUGCAGCCCCGAAGAUCCCUCGCGAGGAAGUCAAUAUUACCCCUGAGAAGCCAGUAGAGGUGGUAAGCAAAGACGUGGAGAAAAAAGAGCCGAGUCGUCUAAAACAAGAGGCCUUACCUGGCGCUGAGAAGAAACCAACGGAGGCUCCAGUCCACAAGAAACCAGAAGAUGCUGCUCCUUCCAAGAAGCCAACAGGUAAGGAAAGAAAAGAAACUGUACCAAUGGAAAAGCCACCACAAGUGGUGGCCACCACUAAAGAAGAAGAGGUCCGAGGACCAGAGAAGCCACCGUACGAAGCGUUUUCAAUAGAAAGAGGGGAAGAUCUUGUCACGAAACCACCGACUGAGGUACCCAAGACAGAACCUUCUACCAAACCAAAGGUCCUUCAGGCCAAACUAAAAGAAGAGUCACAACCAAAACCGGGUCUGCAAGAAAAGGUGACUGAACUGCAACGACAGAAACUGGGCGUGCCAGUGGAAAAGCCAACGGUCGAAGAAAAACUGGAAGAAAGGCCGACAACUUUAGAGGCAGUAGAGGAGUUGAUGGGAGCUGUCGCGGUCCCCGGACCCGGCGCGGUUCCAAAAGGCAAGAAAGAACAACCCCGGGAGGCUAUACCAGAGGGCGAGGCCGCUAAACCCGAGGCAGUUGUUGCUAAACAGAAAGAAGCCGCUAAAGUGCUCCCAGCUCCUGCCGAAGUGAGGCUGAACCAUGUGUCAGAGUCCGGCAUGUCGCUGGGCUGGUCGCCUGUCCCCGGCGCGACCCGGUACGAAGUCGCCGUUCAAACAGAAGGAAUAGAACUUCUCACAGGAAAGACGACGAACAUAGAGUACAAGAUAGACGGUCUAAAACCGAGCAAGAAGUAUCAUUACAGUGUAACUGCCAUUGGACCUGACGGAACCAGAAGUGCCCCCAGCAAAACAUUCCAUCAAAUGACUAAAGCUCUUUCCACACCUGGUGGCAUCAAGCCAUCGUCGCUGACGGAGACCGGCGCCACCAUCGCAUGGAAGCCCGUCCCAGGCGCCACCAACUACAGCGUGUCUGUGUCCCCGGCCCACGGCAGGGUCCUGGAGAGCAGCGGUGGAGCGUCGGGGGCCGAGAGGCGACUGACCGACCUGCAGCCCAACACCGAAUACACGGUGUCCAUCGCGGCCGAGGGAGUCAAGGGAACCAGUGCCACCUCUGCACCAGUUGUGAUCAAGACCAAAGAUGACGAAGAAAGGAAACGGCGAGAAGCUGAAGAGCUCAGGCAGAAGCAGCAAAAAGAGGAAGAAGAACGAAAACAACAGGAGCUUCUUCAAAGGCAGAAGAAGGAGGAGCAGGCACUUCUCGAGAAGCAGCGCAAGGAGGAAGAACAAAGAAAACAACAAGAACUUCUUGACAAGCAACGUAGAGAAAAGGAGGAAAAGGAUCUUCUCGAAAAGCAAAGAAGAGAAGAAGAACAGAGAAAACAGCAAGAGCUCGAGAAACAACGCCAAGAAGACAAGAAGCAAAAAGAACUCGCUGAGAAGGAGAGACUAGCGGAAGAACAAAGAAAACAACAGGAGCUUCUCGACAAACAACGCCAAGAAGAAGAACGUAAACAGAAAGAACUUCUCGAAAAGAAGAGCAAAGAAGACGAGGAGGCUCGGAAAAAGAAAGAACUUGAAAAACAACAAAGAGAGGAGGAAGAUAGGAAGCAAAAAGAACUCCUCGAGAAACAGCGCAAACUUGAAGAAGAGAAAAAACAAAAGGAACUUCAAGAAAAACAGAGGCAGGAGGAGGAACAAAAGAAACAGCUUGAACAGCAGCGCAAAGAGGAAGAAGACCGCAAACAAAAAGCUCUCCUCGAAAAGAAACGCAAAGAGGAGGAGGAGCGAAAACAAAAGGAACUUCAAGAAAAACAGAGGCAGGAGGAGGAACAAAAGAAACAGCUUGAACAGCAGCGCAAAGAGGAAGAAGACCGCAAACAAAAAGCUCUCCUCGAAAAGAAACGCAAAGAGGAGGAGGAGCGAAAACAAAAGGAACUUCUAGAAAAGCAAAAGAAGGCAGAAGAGGAGAAAAAACGAAAGGAACUCGAGAAGAAAAAGUUAGAAGACGAAAAGAGACAAAAAGAAGAAGAACGUAAGAAGAAAGAACUUCUCGAGAAAAAGAAGAAAGAAGAAGAACAAAAGCAGAAAGAGCUCCUCGAGAAAAAGAAGAAAGAAGAGGAAGAUCAGAAACAGAAACAGCUCCUCGAAAAGAAGAAGAAAGAGGAAGAAGCCGCUGCAGCUGCUCCUGAGGAGAAAGUAAAGAAAGUUCCCGCCUGGUUAAAGCGAAGACAGGAGGAGGAACAACGGAGGAAAGAGGAGGAGGAAAAAGCCAAAGCACGGGCUGGGGAAAAGAAAAUACCUGCCUGGUUGAAAAGAAGACAAGAGGAGGAGGAGAAGAGAAAGAAAGAAGAAGAACAGAAAGCCAAAGCCCCUCCUGCAGAAAAGAAAGUGCCCGCCUGGAAGCAAAGACAACUAGAAGAGGAGGAAAAGAAAAAGAAAGAGGCUGAAGAGAAAGCCAAAGCUCCUCCUGCAGAAAAGAAGGUACCCGCCUGGAAGCAAAGACAACUAGAAGAGGAGGAAAGGAAGAAAAAGGAAGCUGAAGAGAAAGCCAAAGCUCCUCCUGCAGAAAAGAAGGUACCCACCUGGCGGCAAAGACAACAAGAAGAGGCGGAAAAGAAAAAGAAGGAGGCUGAAGAGAAAGCCAAAGUUCCUCUUGCUAAGAAAGUUCCUCCAGAAGAAAAGAAGCCGGUCGCUCCUCCGACAGAAAAGAAAGCUCCGCCCGCAGAAAAGAAGGUUCUGCUAGUUGAGAAGGAAGAAAAGAAGGUGGAAGAAGAACCCAAAGCGGUGGCCGAAGUUGUCGAACCUCCUCUAGAGCAAGAGGUUGAACAGGAGGAAGAACCAGAAGAAUUUUCGACCGGAAUCUCGGCCUUUGCCGAAGCACGACAGGCAGCUAUGGAACAACAGUCAGUCGAAGUCCGACAAGCUGCUCCCGUGGUCACCAUCGAUGCUUCAGCAUACGCAGCCAUGGCAAUUGCCCACUACCCUACCUCUGUGAGGACGUCCCAGGUGCAGGACCGUACCCUCAUGCUGAACUGGGACCCGGUGGUGGGCGCAGAAGAUUAUGACGUCAGCUUCGACCCUUGUGGUGACGCCGAGGUGUUCCUGACUGACUAUGGUCCUGUCGCCCCCAUGCGGAAGAUCAGGGGACUGAAGCCCUGUAAAACAUACAAGAUCACCGUCUCGGCCAAGAAAGCCAACAAGGAGAGGACGAAGGAAAGUGAAGUGAUCAAGGUCACGACUAAAGCUCUUCCUUCGCCUUCUGAAUUCCGCGCCAUCCGAUGUCUGGACAACAAAGUACUGUUUGGCUUUGACGCCGUGUACGGAGCCACCAGCUACAUUGUGGGUACCGACUCCAAGGAGGGCGUGUCACGGGUCACCAGGAUGGACUAUGACCGGGUAGAGGUGGAGAUCAGCGAUCUCCUCCCGGCUACAGAGUACCAGGUUACUGUCACGGCGCAGGGGCCAAAGGGUGUAAGCGCCCCGUCUAAAUACUUCACCAUCGGAACGAAGGUCAUAACCGAGCCUGAGGACCUGGUCGCCAAGGCGGACUCCGAGAACGACAUGACCGUGACGUGGUCGCACGUGAAGGGGGCAACAGACUACGAGUUUCUCAUCAGCCCUGAAGGCAAGGUGAGGGAAUCCGGUGCGACUGCCCGGAAGGUCUCCGGCCUGAAGCCUGGAGUGGAGUAUAGGAUCUCCGUGGCCGCGAAGAAAGGCGAGCUGGUCGGCUCAUCAGCAGUUACCAGGAGCUUUACCAAAGCCUUGGCACGACCUGAGAGUAUGCGCUGCGUGUCCGCCUCCGACACGUCAGUGAUAGUGGCCUGGAACCGUGUCCAGGGUGCCACCGGAUAUGACGUAGAGACCAGACCUGCCGGAGGAACCGCCAUCACGCCUAAACUCCCCGGCGCUCCGGAGAGGGAGAUCACCGGCCUGAGGCCCGCCACGGAGUACCAGAUCAUCAUCACGGGCAGGAGCUCCAGAGGGGACGGGCUGGCAUCUCAACCACUCAAGGUUAAAACAAAAGCAUUCGGUGCUGUCUCUAGCAUCAGGGUCACCAAUUGCACCGACACAACAGCGACCAUCCGCUGGUCACCGGUCAACGGCGCGACGUCGUACGACGUUAAACUUGACCCGUCUGAGGGGAGAAUACGUCAGACGAACGGUUCUCAAAGCCCGGAGAGACAGAUUACCGGGCUGGUACCCAACAAGGAGUACAGCGUCAUCAUCGUACCGAAGAGUGCCAGCGGCGAGGGGUCCGUCAACAAGCCUUUCACCUUCACCACCAUGGCCCUGUCCACGCCAAGUAAUAUCAAGGUGACUGACAUCACAGAAGAAGGCCUGAGUCUGACCUGGGACGAGGUUCCCGGUGCCUACGACUACAGCGUGUGGAUGGACCCUCCGGGAGCUACCAUCAUCCCGGGCUCGGGGGGUGCCAGGGCGCCCGAGAGGCACAUCAGCCGGCUGAAGUCUAACAAAGAGUACUCCAUCACCAUCGUGGCCGAGAGUCCCCGGGGAGACAGCUGCCGCAGCGACCCUGUGGAGGUGACUACAGAAGCCUUGCAUGGCCCCACCGGACUGAAGACCACCAACAUCACCCAAACCGGGAUGAGGUUGUCCUUCAACCCGGUUGCUAAUGCCCGUGACUACGAGGUGGUCCUGAGGCCCCGGCUCGGUACCGUGUUCGCGCCCGGCCGGGGUAACGACCCCUCCCAGCCGGAGAGAAUCAUCGAAGAUCUGAAGCCCAACACGGAGUACGACAUCUCUGUUAUUGCCGUCACCAAUAAGGGCGUCAAGAGCGAGGUCUCCAAGAGCAUCAAGAGGAGGACCUACGCGUUUCCUCCCCCCUCGGGAGUCACAGCUACCUCCACCACGGGGACGACCGUGGCCCUUCAGUGGCCCGCCGUGACCGGGGCGGACAACUACACGGUAGACAUGACGCCCCGGGGCGGCGAGGCACACCGGACGGACAAAGGUGCCAGCGCUCCCGAGCGUCUGGUCAAGGGACUGCAGCCGGGAACAGUUUACGAAUUCUCGGUGACCGCAAAGGGCAAGGGAGGACAGAGUCCGCCUGGGGAGACAUUCAAACAUAGGACGAAAGAUCUGGUCUCACCGAAAGGUUUCGAGGCGUCCAGUGUGACAGACAGCAGCAUGGUUCUGUCCUGGACACCCGUGAAGGGCGCCAACAAGUACAACGUCACUACUACCUCCUUCGAGAAGACAACAGAGUCUAGCGCUGGAGAGGCAACUACUGAGAUCAAGGGCCUGAAGGAGAGCACAGAGUACACCUUCGUCGUCACGGCGGAGGGACAUCUCGGUAAAAGCGCCCCUAGCGCUCCGUUUGCGCACACCACCAGAGCCAAACCUGCUCUGAAAACACCAGUAGGUCUGAAGGCUUCGUCGGUGACCCACAGUUCUAUGACCAUCACAUGGGCGCCUAUCGCCGGUGCUACCGACUACGCCUUCGAAGUCAAACCGGAGGGCGCCAACGUCGCCGUUACAACCAAGGGAAAACAAGCUCCAGAGAGACAACUAACAAACCUAAAGGAAGGCACAGAGUACAGAGUGGUUGUUCUGGCCGUUAGCAGCCAUGGCAUGAGCGCGGCCAGUGAACCUCUGAUACAGCAGACAUCCCUUGCGCUUUCCGCGCCCACUGGAUUACGGGUUACCUCCGUCAAGGAAACUUCAUUGACCGUUGUCUGGGGCUCAGUCAAAGGAGCGACCAGCUACGACGUCUCUGUCGACCCAGCCCACGGGAAGGUUGUUGCAGGACCCAGGGGACUGACCCAGCCUGAGCGGGAGCUACAGGGACUAAACCCGGGGACUGACUACACCAUCAGAGUCGUAUCCAAGGGACUGCGCGGACAGAAGAGUGCAGAUAGCGCGCCCAUCACUCAGAAAACCAAAGCCGAAGAAAAGAAGCCACAGGUAGUCCAGAAGAAGGUUGUGAAGAAGGUCGAAAAGAAGGAAGAAGUCGUAGAGAAGAAGGGGAUUAAAAAAGUGGUCCAAAAGAAGGUGGUAAAGACUGAGGAAAAGGUUGAAGAAAAGAAAGUCGAGAAAAAAGUUGUCAAGAAAGUCGAGCUCAAGAAGCCCGAGCCUAAGAAACCCGAGCCUCAGAAGAAGGUUGAAGCCAAAAAGGUCGAGCCCAAGAAGCCCGAGCCUAAGGCAGAACCUCCUCAGAAGAAACCCGUAGCACCAAAGAAGCCCGAAGUCAAGAAAGUCGAAGAAAAGAAGGAGGAAACCAUGGUGACUGAAACUGCGCAAGCCAAGGCUGAGGGCAAGCCAGCCGCGGCGCCCAAGAAGCCGGCAGGUCCAGCCAAACCCGCCGAAGAAGCAGCAGAGCCUCCAGCAGAUGCAGCGUUAAAUGGAGCAGUAGAGCCGGCUGCUGCAGAGAACGGAGUUGAGUUGAACGGGGCUGCAAACGGGCUUGUCGCUGAGAAUGGAGUCGCGGCUCCACCAGAAGCAGCUGCGGGUGAAAAACCCGCUGCACCAGCACCUGCACCAACAGAGGCACCUGCCGAGGCUCCAGCUGAGCCUCCUAAGCCUGCUGAAGCACCUGCUCCAGCUGAGCCUCCCAAACCAGAUGAGGCACCUGCUCCAGCUAAACCAGCUGAAGCACCUAAACCAGCUGAAGCACCUAAACCAGCUAAAGCACCCAAACCAGCUGAAGCACCUGCUCCAGCUAAACAAGCUGAAGCACCCAAACCAGCUAAAGCACCUGCUCCAGCUAAACCAGCUGAAGCACCCAAACCAGCUAAAGCACCUGCUCCAGCUAAACCAGCUGAAGCACCCAAACCAGCUGAAGCACCUGCUCCGGCUAAACCAGCUGAAGCAUCUGCUCCGGCUAAACCAGCUGAAGCACCUGCUCCGGGUAAACCAGCUGAAGCACCUAAACCAGCUGACCCACCAAAAGCUGCCAAACCAGCCGAGGCACCUGCUCCAGCUAAACCAGCUGAAGCACCUGCCCCAGCUAAACCAGCUGAACCACCUAAACCAGCACCUGCAGCAGAAGACGAUGACGGAAGUUCAAAAGGACCAUCUCGUAAUAACAAGUUCAAAGAGGUCCCGGAUGAGCCUGAUGUGGUACCGGAGCCCCCACCCGGCUUCAAGGAGGGCGCGCCCAAGUUCCAGCUACCGGACAACAUGAAGGAGACUAUCGAGCUGCUGGGAGGCCAACCUUGCAACUUUACUAUUCCUAUCGACGGAACCUUCAAACCAGAGAUAACAAUCAUGAAAGACAACAAGCCCAUUGAACUGGACGAGCGGGUGAAAAUCUACACAGUCGGAAACCUGUGCAAAGUCAAGAUCGCAGGCGCCGAGAGGUUAGACAGGGGGAAGUACAAGAUCGACGUGAAGACACCAAAGGGAACAGACACCACCAACUUCACCGUCAAUGUCAAAGAUACACCCUCGCAGCCCAAAGGACCCGUCAUCUUCAAGUCUGUGAUGUCCGACAACAUGGAGGUGUCAUGGCAGCUGCCUGAUGAUGACGGCGGGGCUCCUCUCCAGGGCUUCGAACUGGAGAUCUGCGAAUCCGGCAAGAAGGACUGGAAAAAGAUCGCAAACAUCAAGGACCGCAAGCACAAGGUGACUGGUUUGAAGCCGGACACCAGGUAUCAGUACCGUGUCACCGCCAUCAACGAGCAUGGCAAGAGCACGGUGCUCAAGUCGGGCAAGGUCAUGACUAAGCACCCAGAAGCGGAGGCGGCUUGGGAUGUGCAGCUGAAGAAGGUGAAGAAGGAUCCCCCAGAUCCACCACAGAACGUCCGCGUCACCAAGACGGCCAAGAAGCCCAUCACCCAGGCCCAGCUCGUGUGGGACAAGCCCAUCAGCGACCACGGCAGCCGCAUCAAGGGUUACGUGGUGGAGAGGAAGAAGGAAGGCUCCAGUGACUGGAUGAGGUUAGCUGAGGCGAAGGACUGCAAGAAGGAGGAGUUUCUUGCGACGGGCUUCUCAGAGGGCUUCGAGUACUGGAUCCGCAUCCGCGCUGUCAACGCCGGCGGGGAGAGCGAGCCGGCUCCCCUCAUGGACCCGGAGAUCCUCAAGAUCGGAGAGAAAACACCGCCGCCUCCGCCCAAACCAGUUAUGCCACCUGGCCCAGUUCAAAACCUUCAGGCCGAGGCGAAGGGAGACGGACACGUCACCAUCAACUGGAAACCGCCCAAGGACAGGUCCAACGUCACCGGCUACGUCAUCCAGAAACUGGGCGAGAACGACGAGGACUGGGUUGAGAUCGGGCACGUUGGGAACGAGAAGGAGCUUUUCAACGUGCACGGGCUCGAUUCCCGCCAAAACUACAACUUCCGUGUCAUCGCGCAGAGCAUGGCGGGAGCUGGCGAACCUGCCAUCACCGAGACUAUCUCGUUGAAGCAAUUCUUGAAACCCAGUGCGUCGACAGAUGUUUCUGCAACAGUCGAGGAGACCGAGAAAGGACAUGAGACCAACGUCAGGCUGAACUGGACGCCCCCUACGGACGGAUCCAUCAUUACAGGCUUCCGUAUUGAGAAGAAGCCGAAAAGGAGCACUGAAUGGAGCCAGAUCGUCACGGUUGGCCCAGACGAGACCACGUACCUGGUGGAGGACAUGACUCCCGAUGAGGAGUUCGACUUCCGUAUCGUCGCUGAGAGCCCGGCCGGAGACGGCAAGCCCGGCGGCACCAGCGUGCUCAUGCCCCCGGCCAAGCCGCCAGAGGUGCCGCCAGAGCUCGGCUUCUCGGAGGAGGACAUCGAGGCGCUCAAACAGGAUCUGCCCGGUCCGCUGCGCAUUGUGAAGGGGCUGACAGACCUGGAGGUCCCCAUCCGCACCACCGCCCUGUACUACUGCGUCCUCUCCAAGAUCAACAUCAUGGUGCGCUGGAUGUGCGGCUACACAGACAUCCUGCCCGGGAAGAAGUACCAGACGAAGAUCGUGGGCAGACUGCACAUCCUCUGGGUGUCCGACUGCAGAUACGACGACGAGGGCAUCUACAAGGUGGAGAUUCCCACCAAGGAGGCCUCCACUGCCAAGCUGAAGAUCAUGGAGAACUGGGCCAAGCCUGGCCGCCGCCACAACCUCAAGCCCUUCUUUGAAACCCCCCUGGUCAACUACUGGACCGACACUGGAAUGGAAGCACAGAUGACUGUCAAAUAUGGAGGCUAUCCAACACCGAAGAUCAGAUGGAACCGUGGCCUGGAGAUGAUCCGUUCAGGCCCCAAGUAUGAGUUCAUCUCAGCUGACGAUGAGGUCCAGACUCUCAUCAUUAAGAACGUGGCCGAGUCAGAUGCCGGCGAGUACACAGUCACCAUCACCAACGAGGCUGGCGAGAAGACCAGCACGGGUUCUCUCAUCGUCGGCGGCGCCGGCGCCCCUGCUGGCUUCGAGAACCAGUUCCCUCUGGGCCGGCCGAUCCGCACACACUUCACCCGGCAGGAGCUGAUGGACCUGGCCGCCGGCGGAGGUGAGGGAGGCCCCCGUGCGGACGACAUCAGCAAAGCACUGGAGCGGCUGGAGACCGAGUACAACGUCGUCAAGGGCGCCAAACGCCGCAUGAUGACCACACCCCUCUCCUGGUACCGGCAGAUGAGAGUAGACACCCGGGAAGGCGAGGAGGCGGAGAGAUUCGGCUACAAGAUCAUCGGGCAGCUCAACGUCAACCUGCUAGACAUCAUCUACAAGGAACCCGACAUCAGGCUUUAAAAGACUUCUUAGCCAUUGACUCACUGAUCAUACAUCUGGCUAUAGUUUACAUUAUGAAUAUCCGCGCUGCGUGUAAUCGAAUGUACAAAAACGUUAUGCACUUAUUAAGAGCACAGGAAAGCGUCGAAUGAGUACAGUGAUAUACCUUAUACUGUAAGAACGGACGCGAAGGAAUGUUCUGAUAUGAGUAUUAUAGCAAUUUACCCCCUGCUCAAAUUGAUUAUUGAUUGAUACUUCAGUGAAAGCCCAAAAAAAUUCUCUUGUGUAUUGUGAGUGAGUAUGCACGUUUUUAACUUUCGCAUAUUUCUGUUCCGGAUCAUCAUAACUAUAUUUGUACACUGAUGGCGCAUUUUAACUUCUGAUUGUUAAGCCUAUGAUCGACCAAUGUUAUAGAACACUACGGCUGUUUGAGGUGAACUAUUAGAGUGUAGCUGAGUUAAAAGAAUGAAAAAGAAAACGUUAACAAACUAUAUGAUGUAUCAAGAUGAGCCAUUUGAAAUUGUGUGGAAUUUUUAUGAUAAUUCACGUUUACUAGUAAGUUUUUUAGGAAUUCGUUUUACAAUAUACGAACGUAGAUUUCUGGCUACCUUUGUAAAAAGAUAGAAUUGAUUACCUAUGUAUACCCGUACUUAACUGUCAGCAUCUCAAUGUAUUAUAAGACGUUAUUUGCAUCGCUGAUAUCCAUAUAAUGGAGGUAACAGAGACACAGAACAACUAAUAAGUAAAGAUAAGAAAAUUAUCAACGAUACCGAUAGAAUCACAUAGACGCUCAGCAUACAGUGAUGAGUUUAUCUACUAUUACUCUACUUUUGGGCGUGGUAAAUGUAUUUGCUGUAUCGCUGUGUGCUGAAUUUCACAAGAACUAGUUGGGAUUUUAUAGUGGUGUCUGAGAAUAAACUUGUCAUUCGACUUAA